GCGCUGCCUGCUUCUCAGUGCGGUGAGAGCGCUGGUAAAUAUGGCGUCUGAAGGGAUGAUUUUAACAAACCACGACUACCAAAUUCGAGUAGGAGUCCUCACAGUAAGUGACAGCUGCUUCAGAAACCUUGCUGAAGACCGCAGUGGAAUAAAUCUCAAGGACCUUGUUCAUGAUCCGUCUCUGCUGGGAGGAAUCAUAUCGGCCUACAAAAUCGUGCCAGAUGAAAUAGAUGAAAUUAAGGAAACCCUGGUGGACUGGUGUGAUGAGAAGGAGCUGAAUCUGAUCCUAACUACUGGGGGGACAGGGUUUGCGCCGCGAGAUGUCACGCCAGAGGCCACGAAGGAAGUGAUCGAGAGGGAAGCCCCUGGAAUGGCCCUUGCCAUGCUGAUGGGAUCGCUCCAUGUCACCCCACUAGGAAUGCUGUCCAGGCCGGUGUGUGGGAUUAGAGGGAAAACUCUCAUCAUCAACCUGCCAGGCAGCAAAAAAGGGUCACAGGAGUGCUUCCAGUUCAUUCUGCCUGCCCUACCGCACGCCAUUGAUUUACUGCGAGAUGCCAUUGUGAAAGUAAAGGAGGUUCACGACGAGUUGGAGGACCUGCCUUCCCCCCCUCCGCCUCUCUCCCCUCCCCCCACCACCAGCCCACACAAGCAGACAGUGGACAAGGGGGUGCAGUGUGAGGAGGACGAGGAGGAGAAGAAAGACAGUGGGGUGGCGUCCACUGAAGACAGCUCAUCAUCUCAAAUCACCGCCGCAGCCAUCGCAGCCAAGAUUCCCGAUUCCAUCAUCUCACGUGGAGUCCAGGUGCUCCCCAGGGACACGGCCUCUCUGAGCACCACUCCUUCAGAGUCGCCCCGCGCACAGGCCACCUCACGCCUCUCCACCGCUUCCUGUCCCACGCCAAAACAAAUUAGACUGCGGGAUGAAAUCAAAGGAGUUGCUAAUAGAGUCGGAUCCCUCAAACUUCACUAUAGGUUGGAAGGUCUUAAAGAUGAACUGGGGACCCACAGGAGCUACGACUCGCGAGUUCAGUCCAGGUGCAGCAGUAAGGAAAAUAUCCUGAGGGCCAGUCACAGCGCAGUCGAUAUCACGAAGGUGGCCCGGAGACACCGCAUGUCACCAUUCCCACUCACCUCCAUGGACAAGGCCUUCAUCACCGUGCUGGAGAUGACGCCCCUGCUUGGCACCGAAAUCAUCAACUACCGAGAUGGAAUGGGCCGAGUCCUGGCGCAGGAUGUGUACGCGAAGGACAACCUGCCCCCCUUCCCAGCGUCCGUCAAGGAUGGCUAUGCUGUACGAGCUGCUGAUGGGCCAGGGGAUCGUUUUAUCAUCGGGGAAUCUCAGGCUGGUGAGCAGCCAACUCACACAGUGAUGCCCGGUCAGGUGAUGCGUGUGACGACUGGUGCCCCCAUCCCCUGUGGCGCUGACGCAGUGGUGCAGGUAGAAGACACGGAGCUUCUGCGAGAAUCAGAUGACGGUACAGAGGAGCUGGAGGUUCGGAUUCUGGUUCAAGCAAGGCCAGGACAGGACAUCAGACCCAUAGGCCAUGACAUUAAGAGAGGGGAGUGUGUGCUGGCGAAAGGAACCCACAUGGGCCCCUCGGAGAUUGGUCUCCUAGCAACAGUGGGGGUCACAGAAGUGGAGGUUCAGAAAUUCCCAGUGGUGGCAGUCAUGUCAACAGGAAAUGAGCUGCUGAAUCCAGAGGAUGACCUCCGCCCAGGCAAGAUCCGGGACAGUAACCGGUCCACCCUCCUCGCCACCAUCCAGGAGCACGGCUACCCAACCAUCAACCUGGGCAUCGUCGGAGACAAUCCUGACGACCUUCUCAACGCUCUGAACGAGGGAAUCAGCCGCGCUGAUGUCAUCAUCACCUCAGGGGGGGUGUCUAUGGGGGAGAAGGACUACCUGAAGCAGGUGCUGGAUAUCGAUCUUCACGCUCAGAUUCACUUCGGACGAGUGUUUAUGAAACCAGGUCUCCCAACAACUUUUGCCACUGUGGACAUCGAUGGUGCUAGGAAACUAAUCUUUGCCCUACCAGGUAAUCCGGUGUCCGCAGUGGUGACCUGUAAUCUCUUUGUCAUCCCAGCGCUGAGGAAGAUGCAGGGGAUCUUGGACCCCCGGCCCACUAUUAUCAAAGCCAGGUUAUCGUGUGACGUAAAACUGGACCCUCGCCCUGAAUACCACCGCUGCAUACUCACCUGGCAUCACCAAGAACCACUGCCUUGGGCACAGAGUACAGGGAACCAGGUGAGCAGUCGUCUGAUGAGCAUGCGCAGCGCGAACGGACUGCUGAUGCUACCUCCAAAGACAGAGCAGUAUGUGGAGCUUCACAAGGGGGAGGUGGUGGACGUCAUGGUUAUAGGCCGGCUAUGAUGUCACCGGCAGGAGGGGGAGUGGCUAUGGUGCAUGUCCACAUAUCAUUGACUGUAUCCUGUAAUAUGCAACGGCACAGCUAGUUUUUAUUGAUUUGGAUAAAGUUGAUCAGUAUAGUCGACAUCUUGAAGACAAAAAUAGAAUAAACAACGGGGGUGGGAAGACUAUUUCAAAGAGAAUUUAAAAAAAAUAUAUAAUAACUUUUAAGAAAUCUUUUAAGAAAAUAAGUACAUUAUAAAAUAAAAUAAAUUUAUUCUGUAAUAUUGAGGCAACUUUUUUCUCUUUCAUAGCAAUUGCUUUGUGUGUUUAAUGCUAGAUCUGAUAGCGGUAGCUUUUAAUAGAAGCUGUAGGUGCCUGCGGAACUUAUGUUUUUUUUUUCCUCAUCUAUAAAAAAAAAAAAAAAAAAAAAAAAAAAAAAAAAAAACUGCGGAUACUUACUUCCCUGAGCAAGGCUGUCUGCUUCUUUUAUGCUAGCUUAGACGACACGGCUAAUUCCCUUAUUAGUAUGCUUCAUAAUUGCUUCACAAAGAGCUUUGCUUGUUCUUUAUCUUGUAACUUGUGUUCAUCUGCACAGUGCCAAAAGACAAGAGGCUGCAGCGCGGGACCCAGGUGGCAACAAACCAGCUGCCAUGUUUGGGAAGCGUCCCAGCAGCCACCUGGCUCCACGCUGCGCAGCGACCUGAUUGGGUGACAACACUGGAACAUCCUUUUAUUUGAAUAAAGAAACAACUUGCUUCCUUAAGUGCUGACAGCCUUUUUAACCAAUUAAUCAAAAACAAACAAAAAAAAUAUAUAAUGUACAGAAAUAACAAAAAAAAUAUAUAAUAAAGUGAAGCGUGAUCUUGUACAGAGAAUAGUGAACCAGCAUCCAUGUGGAAAUUAACAAGCAAUGAGAUAUUCAGCAAAUUCUGUACUAUAAUGUUUUCUGUUAUGAUAUUGAAACAAAAUAAAAUUACAAAUAAAAAAAUCCUUGAUCAUUAUGUAAAACUUUUCAUUGUCAGCCUUC